UGUAAUUUAAACAUCUGGUAGUUUUACUUUAAAACGUUGAGGGCGCUUUUGAAAGGAAGAAAAUUGUUAUGAAAUAAUUUACUUAAACCGUUCAUACAGGUUAAUUUUGUUUAGAUAGUUAAGCAGUUAUGAUUGCGCUGUGAAACAUAUUUAGCAUUAGACUAAUAUUGAAAUAGUUUUUCAGUGAAGUGAACCUUUUUAAAUUAAUAUCUUACAGAUAAAAAUGGUGUUUGUGUGUAUUCUACUGCUACCAGCUGUAUUGCUCUACGGGGCUUCCGCCGAGGUUGACAGUGCAUGUAACCCGGGUGUGUGUGCGAAUGGUUUUGUGUGUGAAAACAACUUCUGUAAAAUACCUGCUUCAGGGAAUUGUACGGAAAAACAAACAACCCAAGCACCGCCAACAACAACAGCGACGAAAACAACAACAGCAACGUCAACAACAACGACGGCACAAGCAGGUUCUUCACCUGCUGCAGACACUACAACACAACCCGCCGCGCCAACCACUGAAACAACUACUCCUGCUCCUGAAGCGACAACAGCAUCACCUAGUGUUGGUCGAAGAAAGAGAGAAGCAUCUCCACAGGAGUGUGUGGCCAACGCACUUUGCCUUCCUGACGGAGAGCAGUUGACAUGUCACUGUAAUCAAGGAUAUACCGCUGACAGCAAUGGUUCUUGCCAACAAGAUAACGCCGCAGGUUCUCAGUACAAGGCCAGCACUUGGAUCACAUUUGGAGCUGCCAUUCUACUGAUGAUGAUGAAAUAAUCGUAACCAAUGAAUAACGGACAAAAAUAGUAGUGCUUUACUUCGUAUACAAGACUAUAAGUAUCUUCCAUGGCCGAGAGUGUAAGAUAGGUUCAUUCCGACCCGAGAGUAGGGUGUUUUGCGGAAACGAGGUUUACCUCGUUUCCGCAAAACACCCUGCGCGAGGGUCGGGAUGAACCUAUCUUACACGAGCGGCUAUGGUAGAUGCUUUGUCUCCCACCUCAGUUAAAAAAAUGAAGUAAAGAUGUAUUUUUUUGCCGGAACUCUUUUGUGCUUAGUGAAAAUAAUUGCAUACGAAUAUGCAAUAAUUCGUGGUUUUCAUGGAUAUUCGCGCAGUGAUUCAGAGUAUGUAAAUGGUCUGAUCGGUCUUUAAAUAGUUCUAAGAAAAGUGAAGCAUUAUUUCUUGAAAGGUGCGUGAAAACUGUUUUCUGGUGACAUUUGAAGCGAGAAAUAAUUAACUCGCGUUCUAAAUAUUGCCACCAGACAAGGUUUCCAUGAUGCGCUACAGACGACAGUCUUCAACAAGGGAGGUAUUUACAAUGUGGUGACCAUUAAAAGAAGUUCCAUACGGGCAUUUUAUCUUCGCCCGUGGGCAAUAUAAGAAUUUCUAGCAUGGUUAAAUUAAUGGAUCUACUUAUCUGAGGUGGGAGAAGUACUUCUCUGGUCGUAUGAAAAUGUAUGAACAUUGUUGUCAGAAUUUCUGUUGAUUUAUUGUAUGUUGCUAUUUUGUAUACAAUAAUUUCUUCUCUGAAUGUCUGGAAACGUAUGCAUAUGGCUGUUAUACCAUACCUGUCGAUUUACUGAGCGCUUUUCUUGGUUCAUGAUAUUACAUUGGUCUGAUGACGCUUUAUGCCGAAUAACAGACUUGCCGUAUAAACUCUGAACCUAGAUCAUGCUCUCUGCAGGUGAUAUGUCUGACGCUGUCAUGCUGGUUUCGACCUUCAUAUAGCGGCUACCUUAUCAACGAGCGCACGGCCAUAUAUAGUAACAUCAAGAAUUCCAAUUAAAUACAAAGGGUGUGUCAGAUAUGGAAUCAAAAUUUAAAUUUCGUAAAACUACAUGUAGAUAAACUUUAUGUAAUUUUACCAGUCCAACUAUUUGUUUUAAAAUGCAAUUCAUAAUAACCAUGAUUUAAGGAAUCGAAUGAUCCGCUCGUUGAUAUGAUGACCUUGUUAUCUUUAUGCAAUUGUUAUCAACUCGCAAUAAAAUAUAAAACUCUAA